AUGUUUAAAAUAACAUCACAGCUGCGCCACUGUGGCGAAAAUAUAUCUGAAUCUGAUAUGAUGGAGAAAACUUUAUCCAUUUUCCAUGCCUCUAACAUGGUUUUGCAGCAGCAGUAUCGCGAAAGAGGCUUCCAGAAAUAUUCUGAGCUGAUCACCUGUCUUUUGUUGGCCGAACAAAAUAAUGAAUUGCUGUUGAAAAAUCACGAAUCUCGGCCGACAGGUGCAAAUCCAUUUCCAGAUGCAAAUACAAUACAACCGGCAAAUCCGGUGUGUGGCCGUGGACAUGUCAGAAAUCAAAUAAUUGAUCGUGAUCAAAAUCAGAAUCGCGGACGGGGCCGGACAAACGCAUACAAUCACAAUAAUUUUCAGAACAGGCCCCGAUAUGUGCCAAAUCGGUGUUAUAAUGACAGAAGGUCGUACAGACGUAAACAAAGGUUUAACACUGGGAGAAAAAGAAACAAUGACGAGGAAUGCACCCGGUGUGGAAUCAAAGGCCAUUGGGCCCAUGUUUGUCGCACAGCCAGUCACUUGGCUGAACUGUAUCGGGCCUCAAAAGAAAUGCAGGGAAGAGUUGCUGCCGAAACAAACCACGCUGCCCAUGAUGACACAUUUGACGAUGUGAUGAAUGAAAAAAUAUCACAUACCUGGAUGUCGAUGAUCUACUUGACAUAG